AUGCCACUGCAAAGAAAUAAUCAAAUAAUUCACAAGAAAGUUGACAACUGGGUUGUCAAUAAUGUAGAUAGGUACAACUUUAUCGAUAAUUCAAAAGAGAAAAGUGUUUUGGAUCAUGAGAUUGAUUAUGGAUUUGAUGGUAAAAAUAAGGGGAUUGUCAAGUUAAUAUUUUGCCAUCAUGUCAACGAUUUAAUAAGAAUCUAUGCUUUCUUUGAAAACGUCAAUGAAGAUGAUAUUAAACAUCACGUAGUUGUCACUAUGUACGUUCUUACUGUUGAAAAUCGUUAUGAACCAAUCGGACGAGAUAUUCUUCGAAUAGACACAAUACAAGGAUGA